AUGAAGCAAAUGAAGCAAAUGAGCCAGCUGCGAGACAGAGGAGACCAAGAGGGACGCGUGUCCGGAGAUCAUCUUCUUCGCUCAUCUGCACGGACACAUGCCCCACCACCUGGCGAUGAAGAUGGGGUUUCCGUGGGUGGGCAACAUCUGGACGUAUGUGGCAAAGGUCGCAGCGGGAGCGGCACUGGGCCAGGCUCGGUGGAGCAAAGUACGCAGAAGGACACAGAGCCUUCACGGCAAAGUCCAAAGAGUCUGCAUAGUCUCCCAAGACCCGUUUUGGACAUGCAGCAGACGCCCCUUGACCUGGAUGCGGAAGCUGAAGCGGCGCUUGCGUGCUCCAGCCGAAGCAAACCGUUUCAAUCAUCGGCCAGUGAUUUCGCGAUCAGCCCUCCUCGAGGAAAGCGUCGAAAGCUGUCACAGGACCCCUCGAACCUAAGUGGUCAGGCUUUGCUGCAGUGGCUCCUCAAGCGCCAUGUGGAGAGGGGUGGCAGUCCCACAAAUGCACGAAAGGCGGUGGCAGGCCCGUGCGGGGACAGUGGGGCAGAAGUUCCUGAAGCUAGCACUCGUGUCAGAGCAUUUGCUAAGGCAGGGUGCAACGCCAAGAAGCUGUUGCAAGAACAGCUCCAGAACUUCAAAGGUUUAUUGGAUGCCAAUGAAAGCAUCAACCUGGAGAAUGAGUUUGGGCUCGUCCCUCCUCCUGCCAAGUCAGCGAUCAGCAAAGCAUCCCGCCGUAACCAGAAGUCCGGCCCUGCACAUUCUGUCACAGAGGGCGCGUUGUUGGUUCUUCCAGCUGUUUGCCUGCAAACCAGAGCCAUGCUAGCUGCUGAAGCCAGUGAUGCCUGGGAUCGGGUAAGGAAGAAGGCUCUGCUUGAGGCGGGCCGUGCGCACCGCAGGGCCUUAAAGGCCGACACCUCAAAGUUGCCUUGGCAACUUCCUUGGAGGACCUGGGAGCUUUCCGAAGAUCUCCGAAGCUUCGAUCAAGCUCUGCACCAGCUUCAGAGACGAAGCGAAUUGGAACCCGGCCGCCGUGUCCUGAUGCGCCAGCUUGGGGCUCAGCCCAAGGCGGGGCUGUUUGAGGAUCCGCCGCAAGGCUCCCCGAUGGCUUCGGCUGCACUGAACGCGGUGCUGACAGGCAACGAGCUAGAGGCUGCCACGCUCCUGCCGAGCCGUGGCCGGGGGAGCAUUGCAAGCAUGAUCAGCUCCGUGCAGCCAGACCUUCUCGACAAGUGGCACUCGUUGCCGAUCUCGCAAGAUGCUGCAAGCAGCAAGGAUGCUUUGUUGUGCUUGCGCCUGUUUCGGGAAGCGUCUGUGGGCAAGAUGAGCAGCUUUGCUGGCCGCCUGGCAAGAGAGGGGUUGACGAAAGACCAGCCGCUGGCACCAUCCGGUGGCCAAGAGCACUGCUUUUGCAGCUCGUGUUCUGAAUGGCUCUUGCGCAAUAACAGCAAAACACAUCAGUGCCGUGUGGGGAAGCCACACGCAUCAGCGGCUGCAAGCUUGAAGUUAUUCCAUCAAGCAUGGGAUGGCCUGGAGCUGCGGCUCUCUUUCCAACAUCGGAAUGGUCAGGUGGAGAUCUCCUGUGAUGCAGCACUAGACAAUGGCUUGCGAAGGCUGAUGUGGUGCCAGAUUUGGGAGCCAACGCAAGUGAGCAGCAGAUGGCGACUGACGGCGGAGGGCUCCCAGAGUAAGGAUACCUCUCAGACCAUUCAGGGUCCUGUAAACCUGGCCCUCACAAUUUCAAAGAACCUGCCCAAUCAGCCCAAGAGAUUUCUCCUAUCUUCUGCGCAGCUGACUUUGUUGGGGUGGAUGCGGCAACAGGAGCAGGCAACAGUUUUCACAUCCUUGCAGACGGUCCGACAAGCUUUGUGCGAGACGGAUCUGGCAUUCGAGUUGGAGCUGGAGCGACAGUAUUCAUCCCGCAGCGGCCUCAUACUGACCAGAGGCUGCCAAGGGAGCAUGUCGGUCGAGGAAGCUCUCGAAAUGGACCAGAGCAUUGCAACAUGCGUGCUUGCUAUGGUUGAUGAGGAGGCCAUCCAGACGACGGAAUGUCCGUCUAUGCCGAUGCUGAAUAGGCGCAGAUGUCGAAUUGAAGCUCGAGCGACUCUUAUUGUCGCUCAUCAGCAGAGCGUGCAGCAUUGGCAGCAAGCCUUGGACGCUGCUUCUGGGCCGUCCCGCUUGAAUGUGCUCGUCAUUGCAAACCAACGCAAGAUGCGGAGCCUGACGGUUGCUGAGGUUGUCGAGGCUGACCUGAUUCUGGUAUCGAUUCAGCUGUUCAGUUCAGAAGCCUACCAGCGGCACUUCGACAGCCUCUCCAAGCCAGGACUGCAAGUUUGGGACACGUCCUCCUUGGAGAAGCGGACCGAGAUGGAAGCCGACAUAGACCCACUAGUCUCGAAUGAAUUAUGGCAACAUGGAGAGAGCAGCGACACGUUCGAGCAGGGCGACGUGGUCGAAAUGCAUGGGCUGAUCGCCAAGGCACACCUGAACGGCCGUCGUGGCCAGCUAAUUGGUUGGCAAGAGGACACGCAGCGCUGGUCUUGUCUGCUCGGGCAAUCAACGAAAGGAUGCAAAAAUGUGACCAGGAAGGGCAUAAAGGACGGGAAGAGGCAACGUGGAAGGCCCGAAAGCCAGCUCAUCAAUGUCCGUGAAUGCAACAUCAAGAAGCUUACACAAUCAGGAGGGCAACGUGCCGCUGUGGUCAAGAGGCGCUUGGCGGAGUCUUCGUUGAAGGUGUCCAAGUACUACUUGGAGCUGCGCUCAAGGGAAGACUACAUGGCUCAACGUCAGGUGGAGUUGGAGCGUCACACCUUGCGAUUGAUACGGCAGGCAGUGACGACUGGUCUUUCAAAGGCAAAUGAGGAGUCCGCAGAGCUCUCCAAGGCAGUGCCUGAGGCCUUGCCGGAUGAACUUGCCAAGAAAGUCCACUUCCCGCUGCUCCCGUCUGCGGCAUCUGAAGUUAUUGGUAGUCCAGGCCUGCUGGAGAUGUUUCGUUUCAAACGUCUGGUCAUGGACAACUGCCACCUACUGGCAAGGUCUCUGGGGCAGCUGGUGUCAAGCGGGUCAGGGUCCUCUGGCGGAGGUUUGAGCCAGUACCUGGCCAAGGCGGCCCCGCUCUAUGCUGUCCUAGCGAUUGAAGCGCACGUUCGAUGGGGCAUCGCCCCUUUGCGGUCUGUGUGUGAAGAAGGCGGUGGCCUCUCUGACGAGGUCGCCCCGUUGGCGUCCUUGCUAGGUGUUCAAAUCGCCUGGUCUGAUGGCCUGGAGGCAAAGCGAUUUCUGGAACACCAUGCUGCAGCAGCGGAGGACUUGCUUGCCACCAUGACCUUCGACACCCCGUUUGGCGGCCUCUCGCGUUCCUUGGGCCAAGGUGUGCGGCGCGCUACCAGCAAUGUUGUCAGACAGGCUGUUCGCACACCACUGACAAUGGAGGCAUCAAUGCCCCAAGCUUGGAUGACGAAGCCUUUGUUGAGGCCGUUCAGUGUCCUUGGUGCAUCGAGCAUGCAGCGGCUGGCAGCGCCACUGCUGAAGCCAAUGGUGCCGGUGCCACCUGUGCUGCCGUCGGAGCCACCGAAGCCAAGCGUGAAGGCCAUCCAGGAAGCUGGCGCAGAUGCGCAGACAGGACUUAUGGACGUCUGCAAAAAAGAUUCAAUGGUUUUUGAGAUCGGCAUCUCCUUCGUGGUGCUGCACUACCAAUCCAUCUUUAUCGGUGUCAUGCGUUGCCUUUUUCAGGCCUUCCGCCCUUUGCUGAUCCUUUUCGUCUUUGGGCAAAUCAUCAAGGCAGUCUUCUUCAUAGCGGGAGCACCGAUUUGGAUGUCAUUCUACUCUAUCUGGCUCUUCGAGGUGACGUACGGGCUUGCUCAGUGCGCGAUCUCGUUCAUUUUCAUCAGUUUCUUCUACAACAACCUUUCCUUUGCCCGCAUGCGCCCAGCCUUGAGCCAAAUGCUCCGACAGCAGAAGGAGAAGUUGGCGCGUGCAGCGCGCACUCUGCUGUGA